AUCAUCAUUCUCCCUUCAUCAAGUCUUCUCUCUUUUCCCUCUCUUUCUAUUAUAAAAACAAACUUCACUUGUUCACAUCAACAAAACGAUCGAGCCUUGAGAAAGAUUAAGAGAAACAAUUAACUCAACAAAAAUGAGGAAACCAGAGGUAGCAAUUGCAGCCACUCAUCAAGUAAAGAAGAUGAAGAAGGGACUUUGGUCUCCAGAGGAAGACUCAAAGCUGAUGCAAUACAUGAUAAGCAAUGGGCAAGGAUGUUGGAGUGAUGUAGCCAAAAACGCAGGCCUUCAACGAUGUGGCAAAAGCUGCCGUCUUCGUUGGAUCAACUAUCUUCGUCCUGACCUCAAGCGUGGCGCUUUCUCUCCUCAAGAAGAGGAUCUAAUCAUUCGUUUUCAUUCCGUUCUUGGCAACAGGUGGUCUCAGAUUGCAGCACGAUUGCCUGGUCGGACCGACAACGAGAUCAAGAACUUUUGGAACUCAACAAUAAAGAAAAGGCUAAAGAAAAUGUCCGAUACAUCAAACCUCGUGAACAACUCAUCCUCAUCACCCAACGCAAGUGACUCGUCCUCUAAUUCCUCUUCUUCUUUGGAGUUUAAAGACAUUUUUGGAAGCUUCAUGUCCUUACAAGAACAAGGAUAUGUCAACCCUUCCUUGACCAACAUGCCACACAACAACAAUCCAUUCCCAGCGCCGCCACACCUAAUCAGCCACCCGUAUAAGGACGAUUUUACCCCUUAUGUAGAUGGUUUCUGCGGAGUAACCACAGGAGUACAAGGGGAACUCUACUUCCCACCUUUGGAAUGUGAAGAAGGUGACUGGUACAAGGCGGAUAUUACCAACCACUUACAGGACAUGAAUACUAAUGGAGCCGGUAACGUACCCGAGAGUGUGAGAAUGGAAGAAUAUUGGGACCUUGACCAGUUGAUGAACGCUGAGGCUCCUUCGGUUUACUUCAACUUCAAACAAAACAUAUGAUUUUUUCACUUUCAUCUUAAUUCUUGUGGAAUUAUACUAAGAUUCAUAGCCACACACAAAAUGCAAAUACUGAUAUAUACAUUGUCAUAGAUAGAUAUUGAAAAGUUAGAGAGUGUUUUGUACAUUCCGAAUAAUACUAGGGCUUGAUGUGCCAUAUGUAAUGAUUAGUCAAUGUAAAAAAGUACAUAUAUCUUAAUAAAGACGAAAUAAACACAUAUACAUUUAUG